UUUUUCGCGUCGACUCCGGAAAUAAUUCUGCUUUCUCUCGAGCCUUCGAGCGGGACGCUGAAGAGAAGCAGGAGUCGCCGUAACGCUCGGGAAUGACGUGCUGGACUCCAGACUGAUGGCGUCAGGCACGGCGAGCCGCUCUGAAGACGAAGAGUCUCUGGCAGGGCAGAAAAGAAGCUCAUCACAGGUGUCAGGGGCCAUCCCGAAACGGCGCAGUUCAUCCAGGUUCAUCAAAAGGAAGAAGUUUGAUGAUGAACUGGUAGAGAGCAGCCUUGCCAAAUCAUCCAGCCGGGCCAAGGGCCCUAGCGGGGUGGAACCGGGGCGUUGCUCCGGCAGCGAGCCCUCUUCCAGUGAGAAGAAGAAGGUGUCCAAAUCCAUCUCUGCACCAGUCACACCGAGCCCAGCGCCCAACCCCAGCCUUGCCAAGCGGAUGAAGAAGAGCAAGCAGCCCUUGCAGGUGACCAAGGACUUGGGUCGAUGGAAAGCCACGGAUGACCUGCUGCUGAUCAACGCGGUGCUCCAGACUAAUGACCUGACUUCAGUGCACUUGGGGGUGAAGUUCAGCUGCCGCUUUAACCUGCGGGAGAUCCAGGAGAGGUGGUAUGCUCUGCUCUACGACCCUGUGAUCUCCAAGCUGUCCUGCCAGGCCAUGCGGCAGCUGCACCCGGAAGCCGUGGCCUCCACCCAGAGCAAAGUGCUGUUCAGCAAAGCGGAGGAGCAGCUGCUGAGCAAAGUGGGAUCGACCAGCCAGCCCUCUUUGGAUGCCUUCCAGGACCUGCUGCACAAACACCCCGAGGUUUUCUACCCGUCACGCACUGCCAAAGUCCUGCAAACGCACUGGCAGCUCAUGAAGCAGCACUACCUCCUUGAUGACCAGACAGUGCAGCCACUGCCCAAAGGGGACCAGGUGCUAAACUUCUCUGACGCCGAAGACAUGAUCGACGAUAGCAAACUGAAGGAUGUACGAGAUGAAGUGUUGGAGCAUGAACUGACUGUGGCCGACAGGAGACAGAAGCGUGAAAUCCGGCAGCUGGAACAAGAGUUGCACAAAUGGCAGGUGCUGGUGGACAGCAUAACGGGAAUGAGUUCCCCUGACUUUGAUAACCAGACAUUGGCUGUGCUGCGAGGGAGGAUGGUGCGUUACCUCAUGCGCUCCAGGGAGAUCACUCUUGGCAGGGCCACCAAAGACAAUCAGAUUGAUGUGGAUCUAGCGUUGGAGGGCCCAGCCUGGAAGAUCUCUCGCAAACAAGGCGUCAUUAAACUGAAGAACAACGGGGACUUCUUCUUGGCCAACGAAGGCCGACGGCCCAUUUAUGUCGACGGGCGCCCCGUGCUCUGCGGCAGCAAGUGGAAGCUGAGCAACAACUCGGUGGUGGAGAUUGCCAGCCUGCGCUUUGUCUUCCUCAUCAACCAGGACCUGAUAGCGCUGAUCAAGGCCGAGGCUGCCAAAAUUGCCCAGCCUUGAGGCCCAGAUCAAAACCAAAGGAUCAAAGCCUGGGACGCCGGGUGGGUCCUCUGCCCCGCCAGCGGGAGCCUCUCAUGCCCUGCGCUGCUGAUGCAAUUUCCUGCCGCCCACCCUGCCCCUGAGCCGAAACCUCUCGGGGGACGUUUCUCUUUGGGAAAGGAGUGAAGCGACAAGAAGUCUCUCGUCAGCAAAGGCACCUUGCUUGAGGCCCGCUGGGUGUGUAGGAGAGGCCUUGCUGCUUUUGCUGGCUCAGUUCGCCAGGCAGUUGAGCUCGAACACCUGCAGCCGCAAGAGUGACAGGAGAUUCCACGGAGGGUUCGGGGAAGGAAAACGGGGAGCGUGCGGACCCAGUCGGCUAAUGAAAUUGUCAUCCAUCUCAUCUGCUCCGUGGUGCAUUCGUGGCCCCUGGCUUCUGUGCUUCACCACUUUCUAGCUCCUGCCAAAAAUAAUGUUUGCGCGGGAGGGGAAUCCUGUGUUGCUGAUUUGAAGCAGAGGAUCUUCCGAGGAUAAGCUGUGUAUCUUUCAUUGUUUGCUCAUUAACAUUUUACCUUUCUUCACCGUACCUGAGGGCUAUUCUAGAGUUCAGAGCUGAGAGUGAAACUUGAGCAGAGAACAGGAGCUGGUCAGAAAAAUGGAUGCAUCACCUAAGGUAGAAGGCCACCUUGUCCAAUGUAUAUUUAGCUGUGUAAGAGUCUGACCAAAAGAACAACAAUGUGUGUAAAUGCCA